AUGAUGUUGGCCAAAGGGCCUGUCUGCCCUGAGCUUGGAGAGUUUGAAGAGAUGGAGCAAAGAUCAAGGUGCCACAAGAGACCACGUGCUAUGGCUGAAUGGUGCAUGCUAUCUGAUCCAAAUAGGAAACUUGUCCCAACCAAACAGCCAGAGUUCCCUGAAUUAGAUACCAGUCCCUUUGCAAAAAGCAAGCCAGAGUUAAUAUCUCAAGGACAGAGGAAGAAAUUCCUUUUUCAAAAUUCUGAAACAGCUGGGAAUUUCAUUAGACACUCUUUACCAGCUAUGUUUCUCUCUCCUCCCUAA